AUGCUAGCAGAUGAAUUUCUAUCAUGGGUUUUGGCUGCCAAUAGGCACUUCCUUCAAUCCACGCCACCAAAAGUUGACAUUGUGGUUGUGCAAGACAAGUUUGGAAGUUAUAUGACCAUUUCUGAAGCUGUGGCUACUAUAGCUAAUAAAACUGAUAGGAAAAGAUUGGCCAUCUAUGUUAAGCAAGGAGUUUACAAGGAAACCGUGGAGAUCAAAACAUCGAACUUAACAUUCAUUGGAGAUGGAAUUGAUGUUAGGGUUUCGGUUGCCAAUGGCCACCUACUUCAGUCAGUGCCACCAAAAGUUGACGUUGUGGUUGUGCAAGAUAUGUCCGGAAAUUAUGCAACCAUUCCUGAUGUUGCAGUUGCUGUAGCCAAUAAAACUGAUGGGAAAAGAUUGGUCAUCUAUGUUAAACAUUGA